AUGACAGAAGUACUAGCUACCGACACUAUCGUAAUAACAGGGAGAAAGGGGGUUUUAAUAGACAACGAUGCUGUUUCGCUUAUUCAAAACUGGUUAAGCGACACAGUACUACUGAGCCAUACGGUGCUAAGGGACAACCCUUUGCAGCUGAUCGUGCUACGUAAAUUCCAAAAAAUACUACUAAUAUCGCCGGCAACUGACCUGUCUCGCUCUAUAAUGCAUGUAGCGGAGAACGAUGAUGAACUUUUGUCUUCCAACUUCCAAUUUACAUACUCUCUGACAAACACGGCUGCCACUUGCGAAAAGGAUUAUUUGAAACUGCCUGAAAGGGACCAUCUGUUUCUCAUUUCUCCCCCAACUUCACCACCACCUGAGUUUGACUACACUCGAUGUGAGGAAAGGCCGUCCACCAUCGAAAAUGUGACUACACACUUGCCACGAAGCCAUAUGAGUGGUGAGGCCGAUGAUGACAAAGGCGUGCUCUUGGUAAGUGAUGUCGGAAGUAUCACUAUUGACAGGUGUCAAACACAAAAAUCAGAUGAUGAAAUGGUGCCGGUCAUGGCGCUGGAACAGAGACGCACGGCAGCCCCACCAAGAUCUCUCUUCGACUCCGAUGACGAGUGA